AUGUACGAGGUGAAUCAAGGCCGUCUUCAAAUCCUUCCCGACUCAGCCCUCUCAUUUACAGAAGCCACCGGAUCCCUUGUCGCCGCGAACCCUUCUCGACCCUCCCAGUCAUGCCAGUUAUCCGCCGACCGCGUGCGCUUUGAUGUUCCUCUAGAACCUGUUCAACGACACACAACCGACACAGCUUUUGCAGAAAUGUCCCGGCGAAGCUCGGAUGCGCCUAGACGAAACCUCUCGUAUGCCCAGCGACCCGUAGCCGAAAUCUACUACCAUUCCCGAGCUGCCACCCAGAAAAAAUACCGGCGACGAGCAACGACCAUUCUAGAGUACUGCGAUGAGAAUCCUCAUUCGCUUCCACAACUACCGUUUACGUGGCACCAUGGCUGGAAGCGCUGGAAGCUCUUCAUCUUUGCCCUUCUAGUCUUUGUCGAUUCAUCGGUCAUUCCAAUCACUCUUUAUUACGGCAUGCGCUACGCUGGCGAAGUCGAGGGAUGGAUCAUCUUUGCAAUUGUGGCCACCAUUUGGGGCGGUCCUACUUAUCUCGAGUUCGCCAUCCGUACGCUCCGAUUGAUGAAAGUUGAUAGAUUCUACCGACCUCUCGGAACGAAUUAUCGGUGGUGCUUUGACAUGCUGACCUGGGUAUCGGUCCUCACCAUCACUGUUGUCACUGCCCUCUUUACUGUCGGAAGUGCUCCUCACAAUGUCUGGUUGCGAGUGUUGUGCAUGCCUGCUCCAGCGAUUCUCUACUGUCUUGGUGGCGUUCUGUUUCUCAUCACCUUGUAUAGUUACAUGGGCUGGGCAGCACCAUUUCGAAUUAGCUCAACGGCCCGAGGAGAAAAGGUACUGCCCGGUGUGUACUAUUUUAUCGAGGAUAUUGUGGCCGUCAAUGCCGGUGGUGGCCGCCCAUACCGAGAAGCUUUGGUUGCCCGUUACAAAGCUAGCCCUCGCUUCCGACGAAUGAUUUACAUGCAAUCCUGGUUCUGGUCCAUCCCAGCCCUGAAUCUCGCCAUUCCCUUGACCAUCAUCUCAGUCAUUCCUCAAGUACCUGCAACGGUUGCAUACGGCGUCGCUUGGAUAGUCCCCUUCCUAUGGGCCACCAUCUGGGGCAUUAUCACCAUUCAGUGGUGUAAGAGGGAUAUAGCUCGAGAAAGGCGAGAGUGGGAGGCAGCCAUUUAG